UUAUCGUAUACGGACGUGAAUUUGUUAUUUUUACCAAAACACAAUCUUAAAUCAAAUGUUACAAACAAAAGUAUUCUAAAUUAAAAAAAUAAAUUUAUCUAACUUGAACUCUUUGUAUACUAUUAGGUUGACCUACACUAAAAUAAAAUGUCUGAGAAAGACAAAUCGAAAGUCAACACACAAAUGAAACACAUACCGAAAGAUGCACAAGUUAUAAUGUCCAUAAUGAAAGAAGUUGGUAUAGCGGAAUAUGAACCAAGAGUUGUAAACCAGCUUCUCGAAUUUACAUAUCGGUAUGUUACCUCAGUGUUAGAUGAUGCCAGGGUUUUUGCUAACCACGCGAAAAAGAAGACUAUUGACUUGGAUGACGUGAGAUUGGCGGUUCAAAUGCAAUUAGACAAGUCUUUCACGAGCCCACCACCAAGAGAAGUACUUUUGGAACUGGCUAGAGUAAAAAAUGUGAAUCCACUGCCAUUAAUUAAACCACACUGUGGCCUACGUCUACCACCAGAUCGUUAUUGCUUAUCAGCCUGUAACUACCGUUUGAAACCAGCCACAAAGAAAGUGGUAGUCAAAUCAUCAAUACCCACCACUCCAACCAUAAAAACAGUGACCACAUCCAAGCCAGGAGUACCACAAAAUGUUGUAGUUAAAAGACCACCGGGAGCUAUAGUUAAUGUCACAGCUAAACCUAGUGUUGUCCCAAAACCUGUAUUAAAGUUCACAUCUAGCAGUAAGGUUGUUGCCAAGCCAGCAGUUCGUGUGACAGCAGGGCCAUCAUCACAAGGCCCUAUCAAAAUGGAAGUUGAUGAAAUAUCUCAAAAGAGGAAACGUGAAGAUGAUGAUUAUGAUAUGUAAUUAAGUAUAAAUGAUUUAAGAUAAUAUUAUUAAAGUUU